GCGUGAUUCCGCGUUACUUCUGUCGUAGCGGGACGCUUCUGAAAAAGCUCUUGGGCUGCACGCAAAUAUAGACACGGGAAUAUCCCUGCAAUGACGUGGGACAGCAAUUGAGAAUUGGGCUCUGCCAGAGGGGAAUAUCGCAAAGGCGACUCAAGGCCACCGGGAGGUACAAAUAAACUUCCUUUUGGUCGCUUGUCUUCCACUUUGCAACCUUUGAACGCGUCGAGACAACCUGCGAACGGAUUAGAGUGGAGAGAAGAUGUAUUUUGGCAGCGGCAUUGUUCUCCUGGCAUGCCUAGUGUUCCAAGCAGCCGUCGCAGCGGAAGAUGCAAAAGAUGCAAAAGAACCUGAAGACUCUAAAGAAUGUGUUCCCCUGAGAGCAAGAGAUUAUGGCAUAGGAUCCCGCUGCUUCUACAUGUGCCGCAUUGGAGUUGGUCGACUCAAGCUGAAACGUGAGGAAGAAGGCAAACCUUGCUCUAUAUUUGGACGGCCAGGGUCAUGCAUUCGCGGUCUUUGCUUGCUGGACGAUUUUAAGAAGUACUUGGAGGAACGAAAAAGGCUUCACGACGAAAAGAAGGUCACCCAAGCCCGCAGAAGAAGCCACAAGAAAACGGGCAAUGACCCCACAGAGGAAAGUGAUGUGACACCGCUGUCUACAGCUACAGAGUCGGAUGUUCAAUAGAGCCCUAUGUCCCUUCGAUUAUUGUCAAUUAUUGCUUCGUUUCUGUUUUGACACUUACUUAAAUAUCGUUCGUUUGGUUAGUACCGCUUGUGUCUUCCUUGCGGUACCCGUCGAUAUAAUAUAGAGCUGUGAAGUUUAUCAACUGGAAAGCGAGACCUGUAGCACUGGAGCAUCUUUAAUAAAGUCGAAUUCUAAUUAA